CAGAGAAAUGGCAACUACACAAUCUGUCAUCACAUUUGCUCUCUGCAUUUUAAUGAUAACUGAACUAAUACUGGCUACAGAGAGCUAUUAUGAUAUCCUAGGAGUUCCAAAAAAUGCAUCUGACCGCCAGAUCAAGAAGGCAUUUCACAAGCUGGCUAUGAAAUACCACCCAGACAAAAAUAAGAGUCCUGGUGCAGAAGCAAAAUUUAGAGAAAUUGCUGAAGCAUACGAAACAUUAUCAGAUGAGAAUAAACGAAGAGAAUAUGAUCAGUUUGGCCGUCGUGGAGGACAAGGAAAUAAUGGAAGCCCAUUUCAUCAGUCAUUUAAUUUCAACUUUGACGAUCUGUUCAAAGACUUUGACCUCUUUAGUCAAAACUCAAGGUCCAAAAAGCACUUUGAAAAUCACUUCCGAAGUCAUCGGGAAGCUCACAAUCGGCAAAGACGUUCUUUCCAAGAGUUCUCCUUUGGAGGUGGACUUUUUGAUGAUGUGUUUGAAAAUAUGGAAAAAAUGUUUUCGUUUAGUGACUUUGAAAAUGCACACCGACAUGCGGUGCGAACUGAUGCCAGAUUUCAUGGAUCCAGUAAGCACUGUAGGACUGUCACCCAGAGACGAGGAAACAUGGUUACCACGUAUACAGACUGUUCUGGACAGUAACGUUUCCUUUCUCUUUUCUUCUUCUUUCAACAUCUUUGUAAUCUUUUGUGGUUUUGUGCUAACGUGGAAAAAAUCUUUGAACUGUUUGUUCUAAAAACACUGAACUGCUAUAAAGAAAUUGUAGAUGAACUAAUCUUCAGAAUAGAAGUAACAUGCAUUUGGGAAGUAGAUGUCUCAGUAGCAGAAUGGGAGAGAAAUCUCCUGUGACAGAAGAAA